AUGUAUGGAGGGAAGGAAACACCAGCUAUGCAGGAGAGUGGAAAGGCCCAUAGACUAAAGCAAUUCCGUACAACUGUUGUGAGGCUGUAUUACAAGGCACUAGAUGAGAACGACCAAGACACCAAUUCAGAGCAUACAAAUGAAGAGCCUGAGGCACCUUUAGGCAUAAACUCAACACUACCCACAUCUCAAGACGACGAGCCAGACACAUCUACACCCCAGCCAAGGCCUGCACAAUGCCCCCAACGAAAUCGGCAAUUACCAGCCCGAUAUCGAGAUGACCUCAUACAAUUGGUAUUCGCUCAAUUCGACCAAUCACAAGAGAAAGAGAUCAACAGCCUAUUAGAAAAUGGUGUAUUCGAAGUGGUCAAAGUAGACAAUAUCCUAAAAGGCACCCGAAUCUUCAAUUCGCGGUUCGUUAAUGAGAUAAAGAAUCGGGGCACCGACAAGGCCUUCGAAAAGUCGCGACUAGUCGUACAAGCCUACAACGACAAAGGGAAAGAGAUCGUAUUGACUUAA